ACACCCCCUGCCCCCCCGCAGACCCGCUCCCCUCCCCUCCCGCUGCACGCACAGCCCCUGCCGGCCCUGCCCUGCCUGCCGGGCUCGGCGCACGCCAGGAAUUGCGGACAGGUGAGGCAGAGCACCCAGGAUUAUGGCAACUUCUUCCACCUUCUUCUCCGCGUUUCUUUUCCUGUGUGUGCUGGUUCUUUCUGACAUCAGUGUUGCAGUCUCCCUGGACCCUGGCACGAAGCUCAAAAAUGUUCCAGAGAACAACAACCAUCUUCAAAACCAGGAGAUGUGGCUGCAGCAGCCCAGAAGUGGGCACCACCACAAACAUGGCUUGGCCAAGAAAGAGAGGGCCCACGCCAUGCCUCCUAGAGGGCAGCCGGCGGGGGAGGAGGCCCUCAGGACGGGUAGCGGAGCUUCAGCCAUGGAAGAACCGGCGGCAGGACAGCCAGCAGCCCUGAAACAGGACAAGGACGUGUUCCUGGGUUUUGAGUUCCCACAUCCCGAGAGGGAGAACCAGUCCCCUGGGUCUGAGAGAGGGAAGAAGCAGAACAGAGAACACCGGCGACACAGCCGCAGGGACAGGCUGAAACACCACAGAGGGAAGACUCCUGAUGCUGGGCCAAGCUCCUUGUACAAGAAGCCUGAAAGCUUUGAAGAACAGUUUCAAAACCUCCAGGCAGAGGAAGCUACAAGUCUGACUCCCACCACGCUUCUCUUCACUGCACUGGAGCUAGUUGUUUCCACAGAAGAGCCUCCUGUUCUUCCAGCCACAUCACCACGGUCACAGGCCCGGCUCAGGCAAGAUGGGGAUGUGAUGCCCACCUUAGAUAUGGCACUCUUUGACUGGACAGACUAUGAGGACCUCAAACCAGAAAUGUGGCCAUCAGCUAAAAAGAAAGAGAAACGCCGCAGUAAGAGCCCCAACAGUGGAAAUGAAACCGUGUCAUCAGAAGGAGAGCCGUGUGACCAUCACCUUGACUGCCUCCCAGGCUCAUGCUGUGACUUGCGUGAGCACCGCUGCAAACCACACAAUCGAGGCCUUAACAACAAAUGCUAUGAUGACUGCAUGUGCACAGAAGGGCUACGCUGUUACGCCAAAUUCCACCGGAACCGAAGAGUGACCCGGAGGAAAGGGCGCUGUGUGGAGCCCGAGUCGGCCAACGGAGAGCAGGGAUCAUUCAUUAAUGUUUAGGAGGGUGGGACUCUACCUCCUGCCUGGACGGUCGGUAGCUGGGGUCAAACCGCUUAUACCUAGCAGCGGGGAUUAGAGAGAAAGUCAAGCAAAUGACCGAAGCUGCAGGACAGGCUCCAACAAGACUGAGGCUGGUGUUAAUCAUAAAUAGAGUGGUCUCAGCCUUUUCCAUACCAGGACUGUAUUCCCCCCCCCCUUCCCUUGACCUGGGUCCCCCUCUCCCAGUUGGCUGGAGAUGGUCCUGCCUGCCAGUCUGAUGGCCCUGGCAGGGAAACGCUCUGCAGUUUCAUCUCCUCCUCUCAACAGAGUCAAGAUAUGAAAGAUCCUUCAGGUCAAGGGGGAGAGGUAAAGCUUAAGCCUUACCUUUCAGCUGUUGUUUGAGAAGAAACGUAGAUGCUCCUUAAGGAUCAGAGGUUCUUAGAGGAUAGGAAGCUUGUAGCCUCCAGGUGGAAACAAAAACGGGAGAUGAAGAUGGAUCAGCAGGAAGCUGACUGCCUGGGUGAGAGGGGACCCUCUGACGUUGCUCUUGCUCUCUCCUUUGUUCACUGCUACAGGCAGAUAUUCCCUAGCAGUUACACACUACCACUUCCUACCUGUCUUUUUUGGGACUAUCCGCUCCCAUCCCUUCCUGCCUCUCCUGCUCCCGCAGAACAACCUGGUUUCUGCAAGGACGUGACAUCCCAGCCUGCAGCUCUCACUCAUUAGUUAUCCUGCCAAGUCUGUUAUUUUUAAUGAUUAUUUUUAGGAGCUUUCUGGGGAAGUGAUAGUUUUCCUAGUGAGCCAAAAAUAAAGUUUUUGGUAACAGGAGAUAGGAACAGGCUGUUCCGUUGUAGUAAAUCCUGUGACAUGUUGCAUGUGUGUUUCCAUGAUAUGUAAAUAAAGCUAUGAUAGAUA